AUGGAAGACGCGGCGGACCAGUCGCCUCGGGUCUCCUCGUCCUCGGACCACCCGCCCCGGCCCCAGCCCACGUUCAAGUACCAGUUCGUGACGGACCCCGACGAGGAAGAGGAGGAGGAGGACGAAGAGGAGGAAGAAGAGGACGAGGACCUGGAGGAGCUGGAGGUGCUGGAGAGGAAGCCCGCCGCCGCCGCCCCGCUGUCGGCCGCCCCGGUGCCCACCGCGCCCUCCGCCCCCGCCGCGCCCCUGCUGGACUUCGACGACGACUUCGUGCCCCCGGCGCCCCGGGGGCCCCUGCCGGCCGCGCCCCCUGCCGCCCCGGAGAGGCAUCCGUCCUGGGACCCGAGUCCCGCGCCCUCGUCCGCGCCCUCCCCACCCUCCUCCUUCUCCGCUGCCGCAGCCUCGCCCUCCAAGCUCCCCGAGGAGGACGACGACGACGACGAGCCUCCGGCCCGGCCGCCCCCGCCGCCCCCGGCCAGCGGGAGCAGCCCCGCAGCCGAGCCCGCCUGGACGCCCACCGCGCCGGCCCCCGCGGCGCCCCCCUCCACGCCGGCCGCGCCCAAGCGCAGGGGCUCCGGCUCCGGCUCCGCGGUUGUCGACCUCCUAUACUGGAGAGACAUUAAGAAGACUGGAGUGGUGUUUGGUGCCAGCUUAUUCCUGCUACUCUCGUUGACAGUAUUCAGCAUUGUGAGCGUAACGGCCUACAUUGCCUUGGCCCUGCUCUCUGUGACUAUCAGCUUUAGGAUAUAUAAGGGUGUGAUCCAAGCUAUCCAGAAGUCAGAUGAAGGCCACCCAUUCAGGGCCUAUUUGGAAUCUGAUGUCGCCAUAUCCGAGGAGCUGGUUCAGAAAUACAGCAAUUCUGCUCUUGGUCAUGUGAACUGCACAAUAAAGGAACUCAGACGCCUCUUCUUAGUCGAUGACUUAGUUGAUUCUCUGAAGUUUGCAGUGUUGAUGUGGGUGUUUACCUAUGUUGGAGCCUUGUUCAAUGGUCUGACACUACUGAUUCUGGCUUUGAUUUCACUCUUCAGCGUUCCUGUUAUUUAUGAGCGGCAUCAGGCGCAGAUAGAUCAUUAUCUAGCACUUGCAAAUAAGAAUGUCAAAGAUGCUAUGGCUAAAAUCCAAGCAAAAAUCCCUGGAUUGAAACGCAAAGCUGAAUGA